GCGGGAGAAGGACAGGGACUACCGCAGCCAGCACAGGCAUAGCACCCGAGUGGCCAGGCAUACGUGCAACUGUGCAAAGAGGAGGCAGUGGCAGUGGGAGCCUGGGCUGGGAGGAGAAAAAUCAGGAACCAGUCUUACAUAUUCUCCCCAAAGCUUCCCCCCUGCAAGCUCCACAGCACGGCAGAGGGCGCGAGCACCAACUUUGCGUCCAUUAACUGCUCAGAGCCUCAGAGCAUCAGGUGCGCUUCAGCGUCUAGCCAUUUGGCGGCUUGGGCUUUCUGCGUGGGUGCCGCAUCCUCUCCCUCCCACCUUUGCUUCCAUUCCAUCCCCAUCACCGCAGCCUUUUUUUUUUGCCUCGCAUCAUCGCCAUGUUGCUUUAAAGUUCAAAACUUGCGGGGUUGGGGAGGAACGGAGUCUUAAGAUGAGCGGUGUCGGUGUCGUCCUUAAGGUGGACGUCAACGGCGAGGAGCUCUUCUUCGUUGAUAAGGAUCAGGAGGCUGGUGGUCGCCGGCGCAGCGUCUGCGAGGCGGCAUCCGAGGCCGAGGGUACCACUGCACGGAUUCCCCGGUGGCCCCGAGGCGUUCGAGCUCGUCGCGAGGUUCUGCUACGCUGACGGCGGACGCGGCGGGGCGGUGACCGCGGCCAACGCGUGCGCGCUGCGGUGCGCGGCGGAGUUCCUGGACAUGGCGGCGGCCGCAGACGCGCCCGCGCCCGAGGCCGCGUCCACGGCCGCGCCGAGCCUGGUGCGGAUGACGGAGAAGGCGCUCGAGGAGAUGCCGCACUGGCCGUGGCACGCCGUCGUGGACGCCGUGAAGCAGUGCCAGCGCCGCCUGCUCCCGCUCGCGGACUCCACCGGCGCGUUCGACGCGGCCGUGGCCGCGCUGGUGUCCCAGAUGGCCGUGCCCCCGCCGGCCGGGGACGCCACGCCCACGGGCUCCUCGCCGGAGAGCACGGCGUUCCGCUUCUCGUGCGACACCAAGAGCAGCGGCCUAAGCCUGCGCGGCGGGUCCUGCGUCAGCCGCACCUGGUGGUUCGAGGACCUCGUCGCGCUCGCCCCCGCCACGGUGGAGCGCGUCGCCUCGGCGCUCGUGGCCAGGGGCACCGACCACGGCGUCGUCGCCCGGUUCCUCUUCUACUACCUCAAGUGCCGCAUCGCCGGCGCGAGCGCCGACGACAAGAAGGCGAUGCUGGAGGCGUCGGUCGCCGUCAUGGCCAGCCUCGACCGGAGCGCGGUCUCCUUCAAGGGCCUCUUCGGCAUCCUGAGGGUGGCCGCGCCGCUGAGGCUAGCCGACGCGUGCCAGGACCGGCUCGUCGCCAUGAUCGGCCGCAAGCUGGACCACGCGACGCUCGAUAACCUGCUCGUCCCAGCGCCGCCAGGGACGGCCAGCCUGUACGACGUGAGUCUGGUGCUCAGGUUCUUGGCCGCGUUCCUCCGCGGCGGCGCCAGCGACGAGCCGGCGAAGCUGAAGAAGGUGGGCGGGCUCACGGACCUGUACCUGGCCGAGGUCGCUCCGGACCCGUCCCUUCGCCCGGCCAAGUUCCUGGAUCUCGCUACCGCGCUACCGGCUCCGGCGAGGGACUGCCACGACGCGCUGUAUCGCGCCAUCGACGUUUAUUUCCAGGUUCACGGGCGACUGACGGACGAGGAGAAGAUGAACAUCUGCAGGGGGCUCAGCUACGAGAAGCUAUCGCCGGAAUGCUGCAAGCACAUGUUGCGGAACGGCGAGUUCCCGACCACGGCGGCGGUGCAAGCGCUGGCAUCGCAGCACACGGUGUUGAAGAGCGUCGUGCUGCGCGAACCGGGCCAACUGAAGUCCGUGUCGCCAUCCCCUACCGCUUCCACGGGAAAGCGCCGCGACGGCUAUGACGACGACAAUGGCGGCGGCGAGAACGACGGGCAGGUGAUCCUGUACGCGAGACGGCUGGACCUGUCGGUGGAGAACCAGAACCUGCGGUCGCUCCUUGACGGGAUGCACUGGCGGGUGGUGGAGCUGGAGAAGGUGUGCAGCCGGAUGAAGACGCGGAUGAGCAAGAUGAAGCAGGCCAGGAGAGGCGGCGGCGGCCGCACCGCCAGGUCGCUCCCUAGGAUGUGUUCUUGAUCCAGCUCGCCCUGCCACUAGCGCUUAGCGGUGAUCGCAACACUGUACCAUAGCGACGAUGUACAUACUCUAGUUGCUAGGAAUCAAUCAAAAGCGGAUCGCAGCUGGGAUCUGUCCGGACAUGCGCUGCGCGGCCGGCCGAUCCGGCGCCGGCGGGAGCCACAGCAUCCACAAGAUGCGCUAGCUAUGGUAGCAUUAAUAACUAACUGCUCGCACCGAUCCCACCUA